AUGACUCGGAGCAGUUGGUGUAGUAGUACCAGCAGUGGCAUUAAUGAGUCGUUGGUGAAGUUGAUCCCCCCAGUGAUCGGGAAACUCCCUGGCGCAACAGUCAUGCAGUGUGGUGGUGGUGGUGGUGGUGGUGGUGGAGAGCGGCUAGAUGAGGUGACAACCGAAAGAUAA